UUUGGACAAGUACCUAAUUAUACAGAGCAAGGGACCAGAUGCAGAGACAGGCCUGACCCCAAAUCCAAGGCAUCUGGAAAGUGACAGUGAAGGUCACAAUUAUGACGGAAAACAGGAAAAAGGAGGAUGAAGGAAGACACGGGACAUUAAAGCUUUCAAAAUAUUAUGGCUGCCCCGCCAAUUGGGACUGUGUCUCUUUAGAUCAAUGAGUUGGUGCUUUUUGGAUGAUGGGCACAUGUAGAUGUGUCCACUGAACCAUGGAUUGCUCUAUCGGACAAAGGAGAAAAAGGAGAACAAAAUGGAAAAUAUGCUAUUUUGUUGGAUGUUUUUCACCCUCGGGUGGACCCUCAUUGAUGGAUCUGAAAUGGAACAGGAUUUUAUGUGGCACUUGAGAAAAAUACCCAGGGUUGUCAGUGACAGGACUUUCCAUCUCACCAGCCCCACCUUUGAGGCAGAUGCUAAGAUGGUGCUCAACAGAGUGUGUGGCAUUGAAUGCCAGAAAGAACUCCCAGCUCCCAGCCUUUCUGAUCUGGAAGAUUCUCUUUCCUAUGAGACCGUCUUUGAGAAUGGCACCCGAACCUUGACCAGAGUGAAAAUUCAAGAUGUGGUCCUUGAGCCAACUCAAAAUAUCAGCAUGAAAGGAGUAUCUGUUAGGAGAAAGAGACAGGUCUAUGGCACAGACAGCAGGUUCAGCAUCUUGGACAAAAAGUUCUUAACCAAUUUCCCUUUCAAUACAGCUGUGAAGCUGUCCACGGGCUGCAGUGGCAUUCUCAUUUCCCCCAGCCACGUUCUAACAGCUGCCCACUGUGUGCAUGAUGGAAAGGACUAUAUCAAAGGGAGUAAAAAGCUAAGGGUAGGGCUGUUGAAGAUGAGAAAUAAGGGUGGUGGCAAGAAACGUAGGGGUUCUAAGAGGAGCAGGAGAGAAGUGAAUGGUGGUGACCAGCGAGAGGGUGCCAAAGACAAUCUGGAGAGAGCCAAGGGUGGAAGAAGAAGAAAGGAAUCUGGUCGGGGUCAGAGAGUCGCUGAGGGAAGGCCCUCCUUCCAGUGGACCCGGGUUAAGAAUACCCACAUCCCCAAAGGCUGGGCUAGAGGAGGGAAGGGGGAUGCUGCCUUGGACUAUGACUAUGCUCUUCUGGAGUUGAAGCGCGCUCACAAAAAGAAAUACAUGGAACUAGGAAUCAGUCCAACCAUCAAGAAGCUGCCUGGGGGAAUGAUCCACUUCUCAGGAUUUGAUCAUGAUAGGGCUGACCAGUUAGUCUACCGGUUUUGUAGUGUGUCCGAUGAAUCCAGUGAUCUGCUCUAUCAAUAUUGUGAUGCUGAAUCGGGCUCCACUGGUUCUGGGGUCUAUCUACGUCUGAAAGAGCCAGAUAAAAAGAACUGGAAGCGCAAAAUCAUUGCAGUCUAUUCAGGCCAUCAAUGGGUGGAUGUCCACGGUGUUCAGAAGGACUACAAUGUGGCUGUGCGCAUCACUCCCCUCAAGUACGCCCAGAUUUGCCUCUGGAUUCAUGGAGAUAAUGCCAACUGUACUUACGGCUAACAGAAAUCCGUACAGAGUCCAUAGAUUUUCUAAAUCGCAGAGCACACUAGUUACAAUUAUUGUAGCAAGAUCACUUCAUAGGCUAUGCCUGGACUUGAACCCUAUCAAUAAUAGCAUUCAACAUUUUUAUAAAUUUAUCUUUUCAAAAUUAGGAGCUUUUCAUAUGUUUAAAAAAUCCUUAGGUACAAAUGCUGAAACUAGAUGGGCACCUCAAUGUCAAGGAUAUAUUCUUCUUUACAUGGUGAUAAGUAUUUGUGGGAAGUCUUUUGUUUCUAUCUGCCUUCUUCAAAUUAGACACUUUAAAACUUGUUUAAAACUUGUUUAAAACUUCAAACUGGUACUAUAAUUAUGUGAUUUCUUAAAGGACUUAUUCUCAGGGUCCUACUCUAAGAAUCUAAUAGGGUGCUGGUGCAUAUUAAAUGUGAAACCACAUAUACAGAUGUAGACAGUAACAUGAUUAGAGGAAGGAUAGAGACAGUAAUUUACAACAGUUUGUACCGCCUGGAGAUGGACCCAUUCGGCUCAUGCCCUCUGUGUUUAUAUAGUAUAUUCUGUUGGGUCUGAGAAACUUUGGUUUAGUUUUUUUUUUUUUUUUUUUUUUAAGAAUUAUAAGGUACAGCAAGCUUUAUAAACAAAACUAUCAACUAUUUUACUGCUUUAAAAAAUAUCGACUGAAGUGUGUAUUAUUUAAAAAUGGGAGAAAUACUUUGUUCUAUGAAAUGAAUCUAGUUUAAAAGUAGGGAAGCUGAGGUAUUUUAGGAUCUCAAGUUAUUAUUUAACUGAAGUUCAAAACAUGGAUUUUUCAUGAAUGCAGAGGGAAGACAGUUCACAAGUUAUAAAUGAUUUUGAAAGCCUCAUCAUUUAAUACUAGUCUUCCUGUGUGUGAGGUGUUAGAGUUUGAGGAGCAGGAAUUUUAGUCUUUCUCAAGAAAGAGCCUUUCCCCUUGACAGAUUUCAGCUUUCUUAAUAGGGCCAUACACAUAUUAUUUGGGUGAUUUCUCUGACUAGUGUUUUUAGAUAAAUCUCUAAAAAUGAAUAUAAUUGACACAUAUACAUUUAAAAGAAGGGUCUGAUUAUUUUCAUUAUUAUUAUUUCAGACCAAGGCUGUGCUGUCGCGCUGGCCAUCAUGGCAGCCCCAGCGACAGAAUCAGAAUCCCGGGUCUGCUUUCAGGCAAAACACAGAGUAGUUACGUAUUUCUUGAAUGAACGAACAGGUAUUUGCUGAAUGGUUGUAAAAGGAGUUUCGCUCAGGCUAUUAUGUUUAAAGGGUUUUAGUGAUUUACAAGUGAGAGCACCAUAAAAUUCAGGAAUUGCGGCCUAAUUUCUGGUCUCCUGUUUUUGGCAGUUCCUACAGCACACAUUCUUUUCUCUUGUGAUUCACCUGAGUCACUGAUUCUGCCAGAGUUCAAAUUUAUUUUACAUGUUAUUUUUUUAAGAGAAAGGGGAGUAUACCCUUGUUUAGUAUGCAAAAGAAUAUUUGAUAAGAUUGUGAUAAAAGGUGGUUUUAUAAAUCUUGUCCAAAAUAGCUGGAAUUCAAUACAAGUAUACAUUCUUUACUGCAAUUCUGUUUAAAAAACCAUUCAAUAAAAAAUUAAAAAUAAA